UUUUGUUCUAUUUUCAGUAUCAUUAUCAGAGACUGCUGUAGUUAGGCCUAGCUAGUACACAGCAUAUACGCACCUAUCCGUCUGUGUCUCUGUCACUAUCUAGUCGUUGCCAAGACAAGACGUCACGAUUGGUUGGCGUUCAGGAUUAUAGUAGGAACCGGAGUGCAGCACUGGUGGUGUAGAAUUUAUUCAGAAAGUUGGAGGAUCUAAAACUAAAGAGAACUGCAAAGUUUCUGUGCACCACGGGAUUGGCUGUCUGACUGCCACAGAACAAAGAGCAAGAAGGACAAGAAGGAGAAGGAGCAGCUCGGAAAAGAAAACCAUUACCUUAUAUUUUGAAGAUUGUAUUGAGAAUCCAGUCCGAAUCCCAGCAAACCCAGCAAACUGCUCAGAAUCUUCCGAGAAGCCAGACGAGGAAAACAUGAGUCAUUCUUAUACAGGAGGUGACAGCCGAGCGCGGAGAAGGAUGCAGCAGGUGGAGGGUAGCCGUUCUUUGAUCGCAAGCCUCGAUCCUAGCAUGAGAGGAUGGUGCAUUCGGGCUCGGGUGAUCCACAUAUCCGACAUGCAGCACUAUAGCAAUGACACGGGUCCGGGCAAGUUCUUCAAAGUUAUUUUUUUGGAUGACAGUGGAGAAAUUUGUUGCUCUGGAUUCAAUCAACAGGCAGACCGAUACUUUAACGUACUCAGGGUUGACGAAGUGUAUCAAAUUUCCAACGCCAGACUGCAGAAGACGAACCCAAAAUAUGCCACUGUGAAAAACAAGUACGAGAUGAGAAUAGACCGUACGACAAGGAUUGAUAUUUGUCGUGAUGAUGAUACUGUGCCAUUUAUGACCUUUGACUUUGUGAAGAUAUCUGAGUUGGAGAAAUGUAAGCCCGACUCCCUUGUAGACGUUAUUGGUGUAGUCAAAGAGUGCCACGACGUUGUCACACUGCCUGCCAAGCAGUCGAAGAAGGAAAACAAGAAGCGAGACCUCCAGAUCGUGGAUGGGUCCAAGAUGGCCGUCAAUCUGACCUUGUGGGGAGAGACAGCAGUGACGUUUAAUGGCAAGAACUGCCCUGUGGUGGCUGUGAAAAGAGCUAGAGUUUCAUCUUAUGAAGGCAAGUCCCUUUCAGUGGGAGUGGAGAGCCCACUGAGGGUGAAUCCUAACUGGAAAAAGGCAAAUGUCUUGCGGCGUUGGUUCGACGAUGGAGGCAAAGAUCUUGUUUUCGGCACGUUCGAAAAAGAAAAGAACUGGAAAACGUUUGAGCAGGUCAAAAGUGAAAAUUUGGGACAUAAGGAGAAGCCAGACCACUAUACAGUAAAGGGUAUACUCUCCGAGAUAAAAAAGAACAGCUGCGUGUACAAAGCAUGCCCUAAGUGUAAGAAAAAGCUAAAUGAGCAGGAAAACGGCCGGUACCACUGUGAGAAAUGCGACAAGAAGUAUUCUGACUACAAGUGGAAUAUGAUCCUAACUGCUGUCGUCACUGACCACUCAGGCGAAGAAACGAUCACCUGCUUCCAGAAGGCAGCUGAACGCAUUCUUUCCAUCAAAGCCGACGAGUUGGGAGAUUUGUUGGACCAUGACGAAAGACGCUAUCAUCAGAUUGUGACAGAAGCUGAGUCCAAGCAGCACUUCUUCCAAAUGCGUGUUCAACCUAAUACGUCUUACAAAGAGAACGCUGUGAAAACCAGUUGUGUUUCGGCUGAUCCCGUUAACUGGCAGGAAUAUGGCAAACAUCUCGCCGGGCAGCUUGAGCUCUGGGUUUGUUAAAGAAUUAAUGUGUGAGUCAUGGUUGUGAAAUCAACACUUUCAAUGAACCGGAUUGCUAGUUGCUGGAUGCUGGAGAGGUUUUCUCGUUUAACCUCUUGUUUACAUCCUCUAUAGAUGAUGGUAGCUGUGGGAGGGGGUGGUUGGGGGGGGGGGAGGAGGUCAUCUCCAAUUUUAUAUUUUGUAGGGUCUUAUGUUUUAGGAAGAGAGUGGAUAAAAUGUAAGAUGUUUUUUCCAGUUUCGGUAAGAAUUUACGGUACUUGCAACACAAUAAGGUCAUAAUGUAAGAGCCGAAGAUUAGAGAUGUUACCACAGAGUAACAAACACAAAAAGAAGGAGGAGGGAUAAUAUGGACAAUAGGUGUUUACUAGGAAAGAAGGGACAAACCACACUAGAACAUCCAGAUAAUAAAAUGAGAUAAACCAAGCUUUUCUGAUUCUCCUCAGGAAGAGAUUUACAAUGUGUCAGCUUCUGGGACACAGGGUAUCCCUACAUAUGUACACAUAGCAUUAAA